AUGGCCGAGAGUUUUCAGAAGAAAGUGGCUGACUCGCCUGAUGCGAUCCUGAAGAAUGGGCUGAACAACAGAUACCGUGUGCUGGAGGUCAGCGUGAUCCAGAGGAAUGGAAGUGACCCUGAGAAACACUUGACAAUUACAGCCUCCCCCUCACUGGAAGAUACAGAACUGUGCAUCCUUAGGAAUGGCUGGGAGUCUGUCCCCGUGGUUCCAGGGGACAUUGUUCAUUUGGAAGGGGAGUGCAGCUCUGGCACGUGGGUGAUCAGUGCCCAGAGUGGGUACCUGGUGCUGUACCCAGACCUGCUGCUGUCGGGCACCACCAUCUCCAGCAGCAUCCGCUGCAUGAGGAGGGCAGUGCUGAGUGAGCGCUUCAGGGGCGCCGAGCCGGGCUCACCCCAAAUGCUCAUUGGGACAAUUCUUCAUGACAUCUUCCAGCAGUCAGUCACCAAUGACCUGACACAAGAAAAGGUGCAAGAACUAGCAAAUAAAAUUGUGUAUGGACAAAAGUACCUCAAGGAAAUGUAUCUCUUAAAUGUGAAACAAGCACAGAUAAUGCAAGAAAUAGAAGAAUAUUUGCCAUCAUUUUUUAAGUGGGCAGAAGACUUCAUGCACAAUCCAGCACACCAAAACAAAAUGCAACUGAAACUGUCAAAUGGUGGAAAAACAGAAGAUGUAUGUUCUAAGAUAGAGGUUGUAGAUAUCUUGGACAUUGAAGAGAAUAUCUGGUCUCCCAGGUUUGGGCUAAAGGGCAAGAUUGAUGUUACAGCCAGGGUGAAAAUCCAUUGCCAGUCUGGAGUACAGUCUCGGGUAAUGCCUUUGGAGCUCAAGUCUGGCAAGGAAUCCAACUCCAUCGAGCACAGAAGUCAGGUUAUUCUGUACACAUUGCUGAGUUUGGAGCGGAGAGUGGAUCCUGAAGCUGGAUUUCUCCUUUAUCUGAAAACUGGUACAAUGUAUCCUGUGUCUGGGGCUCGCAUGGACCGCAGAGAAUUAAUGAAGUUGAGAAAUCAUGUGGCCUUCUACUUGACACACAGUACCUAUAAAUCUGAUGUGGGAAGGCAGAAUUCACAGCUUGCUGCUUUGCCUCCUGUGAUUGAUGACAGUCAAACAUGUAAAUAUUGUUCCCAAAUGCACAACUGCUUUCUGUACAGCAGGGCUGUGGAGCAGAAGAUGGCCAGUGUGGCCUUUCCUCCUGCUUUGGUGCCUGUCAUUGACAGAGAGACCCAGCACCUGAAACCCUCCCACCUGGAGUAUUUCAGCCUCUGGUAUCUGAUGUUAACCUUGGAGCUGCAAAGUGGAGAGCAUAAAAAGGGAUAUAAAAAUAUAUGGAUGACACCUUCUUUGGAAAGAGAGAAGGCUGGAGAUUGUGUUGGAAACAUGAUGAGAGUUGAUGAAGUCCAUGAAGUUUCUGAGGGACAGUACCUACAUUUUUUCCAGCGUAGAAAUGGUGCCAUACCUGGGACAAACCUGUUGGUUGGUGAUCGAGUGGUUGUGAGUGGAGAGGAAAAGGGUUUGCUUGGUUUGGCUACUGGCUAUGUUAGAGAAGUCAGUGGAACAAAAGUCUCCUGUUUGCUGGGCAGGGAUUUGUCAAACCUCCCCAAGACCACUGUAUUUAGGUUGGAUCAUGAUGAAGGAGAUGUUGGUACAGGAGUCCCUUUUAAAAAUCUUUCUAAAUUGAUGAAAGAUUGCCCAGUCAGUGAAAGGCUCCGCAACCUGAUCAUUGACUUCCAGAAACCAUGUUUUAUUCAGCACUUGAGCUCUGUCCUUCCUCCUGAAGCUAAGGAAACUGUUGCAAAUAUUUUAAAGGGUCUAAAUAAGCCUCAGAAACAGGCAAUGAAACAAGUGCUACUUUCAAAAGACUACACCCUUAUUGUGGGUAUGCCUGGAACAGGAAAAACGACUACAAUAUGUGCUCUAGUGAGAAUUCUUUCUGCUUGUGGCUUUAGUGUCCUUCUGACCAGUUUUACACACACAGCUGUGGACAAUGUCCUGCUGAAGUUGGCCAAAUUCAAAGUUGGUUUCUUGCGCUUGGGGCGAGCUCAGAAGGUUCACCCAGAUAUUCAGAAAUACACAGAAGAAGAAAUCUGCAGGUCCAGAUCAAUUAAGUCUGUAACGGACUUGGAAGAGGUCUAUAAUAGUCAGCCAGUGGUAGCAACAUCUUGCAUGGGAGUAAAUCACCCCAUCUUUACUCAGAAGCAAUUUGACUUCUGCAUUGUUGAUGAAGCUUCCCAAAUCAGCCAGCUCGUGUGCCUGGGCCCACUGUUCUGCUCCAAAAGGUUUGUGCUGGUGGGGGAUCAUCAGCAGCUGCCUCCACUUGUGCUGAAUGCAGAAGCCAGAGAUCUUGGCAUGAGUGAAAGCUUAUUUAAAAGGCUGGAACAAAACCAAAAUGCUGUUGUCCAAUUAACUGUGCAAUACAGAAUGAAUAGUAAGAUUAUGUCAUUGAGUAACAUGCUGGUAUAUGAAGGCAAACUGGAAUGUGGUUCAGAGAAGGUGUCAAAUGCCACUGUUAACUUGCCCAACCUAAAGAAAUUGAAACUGGACCUUGGGGAUGCUUCAAAGUCAUGGCUGAAAGAAGUUCUUGAUCCAGACACACCUGUGUGUUUUCUGAACACAGAGAAGGUCCCAGCAGCAGAACAUGCAGAAAAAGGUGGCAUAAGCAAUGUGACAGAAGCUAAAAUAGUGCUUUUCCUCACAUCCUUAUUUAUUAAGGCUGGCUGUAAGCCCUCAGACAUUGGCAUCAUAUCCCCCUACAGACAUCAGUUAAAAACCAUCACUGACUUGAUGGCAAAAUGGAAGGAGAACAGAGUGGAAGUGAACACGGUUGACAAAUACCAAGGAAGAGACAAAAGUGUCAUCAUUGUGUCUUUUGUUAGGAGCAGUAUUGAUGAAAAUCUUGGCACCCUGCUGAAGGACUGGCGCCGCCUGAACGUCGCCAUCACCAGAGCCAAGCACAAGCUGGUCAUGGUGGGCUGUGUUCCCUCCCUGUGCUGCUACCCUCCCCUGGAGAAGCUCCUCUGCCAUUUGCAGUCCCAGGCAAUGAUCUUGAAUCUUCCAGCCGGGGCUCAUGAAAGUAUCCACAAGUGUAACAUCUUAUGA